AUGAAGAAGAAAGAAGAGCUGUCGUUUCAAAUCUCGGGUCCAAGAGAUCUCGUUUACACCGAGCAAAACGGUAAGCCAGAGAAAGGGGUCACAAGUUAUGCAUCAACAGUUUCUGCGACUAGGCUCGGUGAGACCGAAGUGAUGGUCCAAAUUUCAUCGUUACAUACUUGCAAUUGUUCGUUUGGAAAUGUGCUGAAUGGUGUCGAAGAAGAUGGGUUGGUUCUUGUGGAUGCUUCUUCUUCAAGGUCUCAAGGAGAACGACUCUUUUAUACUUUGCAUCUUUGGAUGGAUAAUUGCAAACUGAAUUCCGAAGAGCUAAGUGAUAGGCUGUUGUACUUGUACGAGAAAUGUGGAAAUUCAUGUAAAUGA